CAUUUAUGGUCUUCACUCAAUUCAUCCUCCAACCCAUUUAUCAUAUUGAGCCACCAAACUUUAAUUUCUCAAUCAACUUCUCACCUUUUUAAUAUUUCUCAUUUUCUUUUUUAGCUACCUUUUAGUGGAACAAACAUGUGGAAAAAAUCAUCAAUUUCUUCAAAAAGUGGUAGAAAUGAGGUAAUUAAAGAUGAGAAUAAAUACACUAAAGGUGAAGAGGAAAAUAAGGCUUGUAUUAUUGAUUGGGAAGUUAGGCCUGGUGGUUUAUUAGUUCAGAAAAGAGUUGGAGUUUCAGCUGAGGCUAAUUCUGUUGCUGGUCCUAUGAUCAAGAUCAAAGUCUCUUAUGAUUCUUGUUACCAUGAUAUCAUCGUUCCAGCUGAAUCAACAUUUGGGAACCUGAAGACAAUUCUAUGUGACAGAACCGGGCUACAUCCUAAUGUUCAGAGAUUAUUGUUCCAAGGAAAAGAGAAGGAUGAGAAUGAAUGCUUGCAUAUUGCUGGUGUAAAAGACAUGUCAAAGGUGAUCCUAAUGGAAGAUCCAGCCAGCAAAGAGAUGAAGAAAAUGCAGAGUACUUCUGUCUCUUGUGAAGCUAUCGCCCGAGUAAAAGUAGAGGUCGAUAAGCUCUCACACAGGGUUGUGGCAAUAGAGGAAGCUGUGAAGAGAGGUACUAGAGUUGAGGACAGAGAUUUUGUUGGUCUAACAGAGUUGUUAAUGAUUCAGCUUCUUACACUUGAUAGUAUUGAAGCAGAAGGAGAAGCAAGAGCUCAGAGGAAGAAGGAGGUUCAUCGGAUUCAGAGUUUUGUUGAUAUGCUGGACAAUUUUAAAGCAAGAAAUUCUAACUUUGUAAGCAAUUGUAAUGGUACUUCAACGGUGACUACCAAAUGGGAAACGUUUGGUCCAGGAGUUGGAAGCCUGACUGCACCAAAUCAAUUACUGCAAUCCACAAAAAUCACUCAGAACUGGGAAGUUUUUGACUGAUUCUGAGUUAUGUGUUUCUUGUUUUCAGUGAUCAAUUAUUGCUUAUCAUUUUUGGUGCG